CCUUCAAAGACCACUUGGAAUAUUCAUUUGAAAAGGGGCACAUUGUGGGUGAAAUGGGUCCAUUGUGUGUAUUUGAGAGGGGUUUCAAUCUGCGAUCGGACACUUCAAGCUGGGGUAUCCCCAUUGUUCAUCAGGUUGAUCAAGAUUAAAAAUGUGUUGUGCAAUGCGAUGAGUGGACAAGCUGAAGUCAUAAAUAAAAUGCUCUCAUUCUGUAAUCAAGGGAAGCUCAAAUCCGGAAUGGUUUAUGAGUAUAGAGAACCAGGAGCCACUAUAAAAGCCUUGGAUGAAGCAAAUCUGUAAAAAUUAUAUUUCUCCCAAGUUCUCCUUUAUUCUUUGGCCGGGUUUACGGAAUAGGCUACCAACAUGUGACAACCUAUUGUAUAUUGAAAUGGAUAUAAGAUGCUGUUUUUGCAAAAUCCAGAUGUAUAUUAAAGGAUGUUUGGCAGAAGGUGGCUUGAUCUUUAAAAGUAUA